UUUUUUAUGAUUUAUUAAAAUGAUGUAUUUUGAUACAGAGGCUAAAAUCUAAUGCUUACCUUGAAAUGUAAUGAUUAAUAUCACACAAGUGAUAAGAGGAUGGAAUGUGAUGGAACAUUUUAUCUUGUGAAGAGACAGCCUUGAAAAUGUUAAUCUUGUCUUAAAUAUUCCUUGGUUCCUGCCUGUGCUUGGUAAAGAUAUGAGAUAGGAGAUGGUGUUAGACACAUGCCGGAACCAACCCUAUGAACUACAGUAUGCCGAUGUAACGUCUGUAACCAGUAUACAAGAGAUCUAACGGGACUGGAACCUCUCCAGUUAACUAUUAUUAAAGAAUGAUUAAUUUAAGAUUGACUUCAAGUGUCCCUGUGUAGAAUUUCCACGACACCAGUCUAUUCAGAGACCUGACAUAUGCUCUCCAGCAGUCACUCAGAAUGGUGGAACCUCUUCGAAAGAUAUGACGAGAACAUCAAAGCAAAUGUAAACGACAUUUGCAGGGCAAUAGUCCCGGAGGACCACCGGAAUGUUGUUGCGGGUUCUCUGGAUGUGGUGCACCGCCUGGGUAGGCUGAGAGAUGGGGAGAACAACCAGCCACCGCGACCAGUGAACAUGAGAUUCAUCUCCAGGACAGUGAGGGAUCUGAGAUGGAAAGUGCAAAGAAAAAUGACUAUUUAAAGUACAACAACCUGAGGUUCAGGGACGACUUCACAGCAUUUGAUAAAGAAUCUCGGAAUCGUUUGUUGCCGAUGAUUGAGAGAGCAAGGAAGGAGGGGAAAAGUGCAUACUUCGCGAGAGCCAAGGCUUUUGUAAAUGAAAGGGAAUUGUGCGCUGACGCCUAGCUUGAUGGCUACUGGAUUUACCAUGGAAAAGAGCAUUAUUUCUUCCAGGUUGUAGGUGAAAUGCAGGCGAAGGUAUGCGCCAGGAGGACCUCUCUCAUCACUGAGAAUGGGCAGGCUUGUGGGGCAUCUGCGGACUCCCAGCUCCCAUUUAGGUGCCCUCGGUGUGGGGAGCGUGAGAGGUUCCAUAGCCUGGCCUCCUUGAGAGACCACCUGGAAUACAGCCACAGCUACUACCACACCAUGCACGAGCUGAGCCUCCCGACCCGCAGGGGGCACUCUCACCCAGAGAGAGUCUUGCAUGUGCGCUCCCUGAGUGACACACGAGAGGUCACUAGCUGCAUAGAGAGGUGUCGUACGCAUAGUGUGGGGACGCAGGCAGCGGAGGAGAUACAGACUGAGGAAGAAGAGGCCCGUAAAGAUGAUUUAAAAUUUCACAAGUCCAGCCCUGGGAGAGAUCAUAUCCCAUUUCCAUUUGACAACCCUCCAGACCCAGGCAGCGAGCCUGAGGCGGUGUCCCCAGAGUGGAGUGUCUGUGCUGGGGAGGUGUCGGUCCGGCGCAGGCUUGCCAAGGUCCUGCUGGCAGCGGACAGCACCAUGCAGAGGAGGCUGCACAGGGUCAGCACGGAGCUGGCCCAGACAGACACAGAGCUGCUGUGUGAGCGUGCCCACUCCCAGCACCUGGCCCAGGAGAGGCAGGAGGUACAGGAGAGGGAGAGAGCGCUGAGCCACCAGGUGGACAUGGCCGUGAUGGUGAUCGCCACACUAAAGGAGCAGCUGAAUGAGUCAGAGUACGAGCUGGAGAGGAGAGAACAAGAAGUCAUCACCAUUCAGAAUUUUCUGGAGGCUGCAGCCCAGCACGAGAUAUGUGGUAAAGUUCGGAUCCAACGUUUCAUUGAGAACCUGCUCAAACGCAUCGCCCUGGCUGAGAGGCUACUGGAGUACUACCAGAGCUCACCCAGUCCACCAACCUACACCGAUUACAUGCACCAGACAGCUGAAAAUGGACCUCAUAGAAUAACCAAAAGCAGGUCAGCAGGUUAUCAGCUGUCACAGUCCUGUCCCCAGGAGGGUAGAAUGCACCCCUCCCAGUUAGGACGGGCGUUCCCCAAAGGCCCUAGUGAGAGAGUGGGUAACUCUGGCUACUUCAGACCUGAUCGCAGGGAUGAAGCCUGGACCCAGCGCCGCAGAUCAGCUGGAUUUGAGGACUAGGUAACCUGACCAGGGCCCGACAAAUGAAUGUAUAUAUGAUAUGUAUUUACUGAAUGUAUAGAUAAUACUGAGCAGGGGAUGCUUUAUGGCCAUGUGUACGCUAGUUUUUGCUCCAUUCUGUCCUAGAAGUUGCUACUGUCCUAGUUUCAAUUUUGGAAGUACUGUAGUAAUUUGAUGGAAAUGUAUUUCUGAUCGUCAUUGAUGUUUUAAUUAGUAUUAAAUCAUACUAUUUAUGGGUGUAGAUCUAAUUUUUUUUCAACUAGAUAAUGGAAUUGUUAACUGCCCACACCAGUAGAAAUCCACUUUUGAGGUGAAAGAUGGCCAGAGCUUACCCAAGAUGUUGCACAACAAUUUAAGUCAAUAAGUCAUCAUAUUAGUCAAAGUACUAUAUAUUUGGGCUUUAAGUGACAAAUCCAAACUUCCCACUUCUUGCAAAUCUGUGUGAAUGUGGUAUUUCUUCCUGUGAUAUGACAUACAAAUUAUUUUCAGCCUAUGUUUCAGGGCUGGGUUUUAUUUGAAUGUUACCACCCACCAGCAUGGCAUUGUUUAGAGUGUUGGCCAGAACCAAAAUGUCGCUGGUUAGAAUACCCGAGCCGGCCAGGUGAAAAACCUGUCUAUGCCCUUGAACAAGGCACUUUACCCUAAUUUGCUCCAGGGGCACCGCACUACUUUGACUGACCCUGUAAAACAACACAUUUCACUUCACCUAUCUGGUGUAUGUGACAAUAAAAGCAUAUAUUUUAUUUUUAUUAAUCAGAAACAGCUGGAAAGUUAUUCCUCUUUGUGACUGAGAUGAUCCGAACAGUAUUGUGUCCAAUUGGCUGGCUGAGCCAUUGAGCAAAUUUAAAUAGGGGGUUCAAACGUCUUUACACCUCCACUUUUUUUAUACCAGAAAACUAUCAUAAUCUGUUGGAUAAUUCGUACAUUUUCACUUUAUUUAAAUAUUUUUUUUUAGCUAGUCUGUAUUUAAAAUCGGACCAUUUUAUAAAUGGUAUAAUUGCGUGAGAUAAUAGCAUAGAAAACCACAAUUGUCUAUCCAGAUAAUGAAAAGGCACCCGCAAAAUAAAAUUCAAGGAAUUUAUAGUUUCAUGUAAUUUGCGGUGUGCAUGAUCAUGGGCAAAGUCAUUGUAGCCAAUCACUUCACUUUAUGAGCAUGGGCUGACAUGGCUUUGCUGUACUGAAGCCUGCUAGCUGCCUAAAGUACCUACUAAAGGUUGCACCGUGUCUAUUACAAUGUAGAAAAACGCAUAUCAGCUAUCUUUCCAUAUUUAUACAUAUUAGCAGAGCUUCGUCUUUGUCUUUCUAACUAUUUCUAUCGUGGAUUCGCGGACGAAAUUUAUGGAAGAUGACAAAACUUUGGAGAUAACAAUAGAUGAUGAAGUCAAAAAUAGGCCAGUGGUUUCCGUCUGUGGCGAAGUUUUCCAUAAAUCAUUGCUUAUGACAAAUCCAGGUCCAGAACCAGCCAUAGAGCCAGCUGGCUAAUCUUUUGAAUAGUUAAAAAAUUGUUAAUAGUAAAAAAAAAAUAUAUUUUGUCAUUCUCCGGAGGAACCUAAAGUGUAUUUCCUUUCUAGGACAGGAGAUUACAUCGAUAUAGUGGCGGCAACUACCUUUGGGGGGGGGGUCCUUUAAACUCAAGGUCAAAUGCAGCUGUUUUUUUAUCUCUAUCAAAUCAUCUAUCAGUAACAAUUAAGUACGUCAAUGUGAUUGUUUUCAAUUUAAAAUGGUAAAAAACAAACAAAUAGCUUCUGAGCAAAAAGCCAUUUUAUAAGUAAGACUUUUGCUUAAACUGUCUGGUCUGAGUGAAGGACCUAAUGAGAGAAGCCGAAUGGAAGGGAUAUGUAGCCUGAAAACUAGAUGUUAUUGGCAGAGAGGUUUGAAACUCUUUGUUAUUGGUCUAUUAACUUAUACCGCCUGGUAGGCCAAACUCCACCCAUGGAAAAUGAGCUGAAAGUUCAUGCGACCUUUUCAAACAGCUCUUUCAUAAUUUUCACAGUAUUAUUCCAACCUUGUAGUGUGUGUGAGAGAGAUAUACUACCUUCCUCUGGGGGGGGACGGGGACUGGCUCAAACCAGAAUAGAAAGAGGAGUGGAAGGCCCCGGUGCACAACUGAGCAAGAGGACAAGUACAUUAGAGUGUCUACUUUGAGAAACAGACGCCUCACAAGUCCUCAACUGGCAGCUUCAUUAGAUAGUACCCGCAAAACAACAGUCUCAACGUCGGAGAGGCAACUCCGGGAUGCUGACCUUCUAGGCAGAGUUGCAAAGAAAAAGCCAUAUCUCAGACUGGCCAAUAAAAGAUUAAGAUGGGCAAAAGAACACAGACACUGGACAGAGGAACUCUGCCUAGAAGGCCAGCAUCCCGGAGUCGCCUUUUCACUGUUGACGUUGAGACUGGUGUUUAGCGGGUACUAUUUAAUGAAGCUGCCAGUUGAGGACUUGUGAGGCGUCUGUUUCUCAAGCUAGACACUCUAAUGUACUUGUCCUCUUGCUCAGUUGUGCACCGGGGCCUCCCACUUCUUUCUAUUCUGGUUAUAGCCAGUUUGCGCUGUCCUGUGCAGGGAGUAGUACACAGCGUUGUACCAGAUCUUCAGUUUCUUGGCAAUUUCUCGCAUGGAAUAGAACAAGAAUAGACUGACGAGUUAGAACAAGAAUAGACUGAUGAGUUUCCCCCAAAAAAGUGUUUUGUUUCUGGCCAUUUUGAGCAUGUAAUCGAACCCACAAAUGCUGAUGCUCCAGAUACUCAACUAGUCUAAAGAAGGCCAGUCUUAUUGCUUCUUUAAUAUGGACAACAGUUUUCAGCUGUGUUAACAUAAUUGCAAAUGGGUUUUCUAAUGAUCAAUUAGCCUUUUUAAAAUUAUAAACUUGGAUUAGCUAACACAAUGUGCCAUUGGAAAUGUGCCAUUGGAACACAGGAGUGAUGGUUGCUGAUAAUGGGCCUCUGUACGCCUAUGUAAAUAUUCCAUAAAAAAUCUGCCGUUUCCAGCUACAAUAGUCAUUUACAAUAUUAACAAUGUCUACACUGUAUUUCUGAUCAAUUUGAUGUUAUUUUAAUGGACAAAAAAUGUGUUUUUCUUUAAAAAGUAAGGACAUUUCUAAGUGACCCCAAAGUUAUGUGUAUAUAUAUAGAUAUAUUUGACUGCACUGCCUCUAGGAGUGCAAAACGGCUAAUACAAAGCUAAGUGUUUUAUUCCAGCCCUUGUAUACAGGUCUAUAUUGCACUUCUGCACAUAAUCAUAAUACUAGUGUAAGUUAAUUAUUAACAAUUCAUAUACAGUAGGCCUAGCUUUGCAAAAACUGAGGAGCAGUAGUGAUUUGCAAUAGAAAUCUAUGAAAUAAAAACAUUCUGGUAUCCUGAGCAUGCAGCUGUAUCUGUCAAGCACAUAGCCUGAAGCUGUGGUCAUCAAGAACAGGCUGAUCAUGUUUGCUAUGUCAUAUUUCAUAACGGGCUUUAAGGUUCCAUGUCACAUUCCUCUUUUUUUAAUGUACAGAGAUGCAUACUUUGAAUCAAAGGCCCGUGAUUUUUAACCAAAUCACGUAAUUUUUUUCUAGGCCUAACAAGCACAGAUAACAGAUAUGUCCUUUCAUUUAAAUGUAUGUGUGACGGGUCAUCCUUUCUCUGGUAAAAAGAAAUGGAAACUAGGUGAAUGUAGCGAAACGUGGGGGUAAAUUUGAAUGAAAUCGUGCAUCCUUAUUUGCUGUGAUGUUGUAUCUAUGUUUACAAGUCAAUGCACUCCAUCAAACCAUGAGAAUGUAUUCGAAUGGAAAUCAAUAUAAAACAAAUGUCUCUUUUGGUAUUUGUUGUAAUUGUAUGUUUUGUUAUUGGUGUUGAUUGAUAUUUUGUAUAGAGCUACUGUAUGUCUCAAAGUGAAAUGUAGUUUUAUGAAAUUAAGGCAAUGUAGCAAACACAUGAAUAUACCCAAUCUUUUUAUAGUUAUUUAUUUACAUGGUGCUGCUGUAUAGACCAGGGUUGAGGUCAAUUACAAGUUAAAAUUCAGGAAAAUAAUUGGAUUUCUAAAGCAGAACUCCUGAAUUGACUGAAGUUUAAAUAGAAUUGUCACCAACCCUUAUGUAGACCAAGUCCUCUUCUGGCAUUGAUAUUGAAUGUUGAACAAUACUGUGCUUUGUGGCUAAGUAUAACUUUUUAUUUGGUUAUUUUUCUGACAUUUCAUGAUUUCAUAAACUGUGACACGACAGCCUUUCUCACGGGAAGUUUUCAUGGAUCAUGGGGAUGUCGAUGGGACAAGAUCAAAGCCUAAUAUGUUAAUUGUCUACAGUUGUGGCCAAAAGUUUUGAGAAUGACACAAAUAUUAAUUUUCAAAGCCUGCUGCCUCAGUUUGUAUGAUGGCAAUUUGCAUAUACUCCAGAAUUUUAUGAAGAGUGAUCAGAUGAAUUGCAAAGUCCCUCUUUGCCAUGCAAAUGAACUGAAUCCCCCAAAAACAUUUCCACUGCAUUUCAGCCCUGCCACAAAAGUACCAGCUGACAUCAUGUCAGUGAUUCUCUCGUUAACACAGGUGUGAGUGUUGACGACGACAAUGCUGGAGAUCACUCUGUCAUGCUGAUUGAGUUCGAAUAACAGACUGGAAACUUCAAAAGGAGGGUGGUGCUUGGAAUCAUUGUUCUUCCUCUGUCAACCAUGCUUACCUGCAAGGAAACAUGUGCCGUCAUCAUUGCUUUGCACAAAAAGGGUUUCACAGGCAAGAAUAUUGCUGCCAGUAAGAUUGCACCUAAAUCAACCAUUUAUCGGAUCAUCAAGAACUUCAAGGAGAGAGGUUCAAUUGUUGUGAAGAAGGCUUCAGGGUGCCCAAGAUAGUCCAGCAAGCGCCAGGACCAUCUCCUAAAGUUGAUUCAGCUGCGGCAUCGGGGCACCACCAGUACAGCGCUUGCUCAGGAAUGGCAGCAGGCAGGUGUGAGUGCAUCUGCACGCACAGUGAGGCGAAGACUUUUGGAGGAUGGCCUGGUGUCAAGAAGGGCAGCAAAAGAAGUCACUUCUCUCCAGGAAAAACAUCAGGGACAGACUGAUAUUCUGCAAACGAUACAGGGAUUGGACUGCUGAGAACUGGGGUAAAGUCAUUUUCUCUGAUGAAUCCCCUUUCCGAUUGUUUGGUGCACCUGGAAAAAAAGCUUGUCCGGAGAAGACAAGAUGAGCGCUACCAUCAGUCCUGUGUCAUGCCAACAGUAAAGCAUCCUGAAACCAUGUGUGGGGUUGCUUCUCAGCCAAUGGAGUGGGCUCACUCACAAUUUUGCCUAAGAACACAGCCAUGAAUAAAGAAUGGUACCAACACAUCCUCCGAGAUCAACUUCUCCCAACCAUCCAGGAACAGUUUGGUGAUGAACAAUGCAUUUUCCAGCAUGAUGGAGCACCUUGCCAUAAGGCAAAAGUGAUAAAGUGGCUCGGGGAACAAAACAUAGAUAUUUUGGGUCCAUGGCCAGGAAAUUCCCCAGACCUUAAUCCCAUUGAGAACUUUGGUGAAUCCUCAAGAGGCGGGUGGACAAACAAAAACCCACAAACUCCAAGCAUUGAUUAUGCAAGAAUGGGCUGCCAUCAGUCAGGAUGUGACCCAGAAGUUAAUUGACAGCAUACCAGGGCGGAUUGCAGAGGUCUUAAAAAAGAAGGGUCAACACUGCAAAUAUUCACUCUUUGCUUCAACUUUGUGUAAUUGUCAAUAAAAGCCUUUGACACUUAUGAAAUGCUUGUAGUUAUACUUCAGUAUUCCAUAGUAACAUCUGACAAAAAUAUCUAAAGACACUGAAGCAGCAAACUUGGUGGAAAUUAAUAUUUGGGUCAUUCUCAACUUUUGGCCACGACUGUACAAUGCAUAGAGGGCUCUGUUACCAAAAGUGGUUAACGGAAUGCUUAUACAGUACUUUGAAUCAGAUUUUAAUGAUUUUAUGUGUGUGCUUCAAGUACGUUUUUGUCGCAGGUAUUCAGUUCACUACCUUUGUCUGUCUUUGCAUUGUGAAAGUAAUUGGACUUAGAUGCAUGAGGUGCAUAGCUUUUGUGAGAGCAUGCUCCUUUUAUAUAGCUAAUGCGUGUUAAAAUGAUGUAACUUGUAGUUUUGUAGCGGAGCGAGGUAUAUUUUAAUGGUAUCAGAGUUGCAUAAUUGAGCAAAAGAGCACUUUGGGGCUUAUGGGUUUCAUCAGGACGUUGUUAACACUGGACAAUCAGAAAGAGAGAGGAGGAUUAAGGUGUUGAUGUGACCAGAGAUAAAGUUAGUUUAAUUAUGUGUUACUCUUAUAUCUACAAGUUUAGUCUCCCUGGUUUAUGUUUGUAGGUGGGGUUUAUUUGCAAGAAUAACCUCUUGUUUUGUGCCUUCACUUGAAACACUGUAGUCUGUAUAACACUGUGCAAAAUGCAAUACUGUGAACAAUUAUACUACUUUUGUUUAAACUUGCUGGCCUGUGUGACAUGAAGAGUAAAGAACAAAAUACAAAAAAUCUAAUUUUUUGUUUUAUUAUUGAUAUUCCUGAUGUGAAAAUAAUAACCUAUGUGCAUGGAGAGAACAACAGUAUUUUGUUGUUUUUGUAGUGUGUAUUUGUUGCUGUCUUUUCAGUCAUCUUUUGUGACAUUUAGAGACUCGAUCAUUAUUGAUGGUUGUAUAUUAAGCUACUUCCUACUGUACUUCAAACACCAUAUUACUCUACAUCAGUGAAGUACUUAACUUAAAGUUGGAUUAUUCACAGAUGUGUAUAGUGGACAUUAAAAUCCUUAAUCUGUCAUGCA